CCCUCACCCCCCACACAGAUCCCUCCCGGACAGAAACGCAGCAAGGCCGACUACCUUCCACGGUUCCACCGCCGCUUCGACACUAGGGUUCAGCCGUUACAUCGUCGGGGCCUGGCCCGCCGCCGCCGGAGAUGGGCGUCGCGGAGAUUGCGAAGAAGGUCGACGCCCUCAAGGCCGAGCUCGCCGCCAAGUCGUCCCGCAUCGCCGACCUGGAGGCUAGGGUCUUGCUCCUCGAAGCCGAGAACGCGCGCUUGAGGAAGGCCAUGUCUGAGGGAGUUGCGGUGAACCGUAGAGGCAAAAAGGGUCCAACCUUUGGUCGAUUGGAGGAGGGUCUCGGCGGAAAAAAGCAAAAGUCAGCCGACAUCGUUGGAGGGCAUGCGAUGAAUGAUGUCAUAGAGGUCAGCGACGGCGAGGAAGAGGGGAUGGCUGUGGGUGUCAACAACGGGGAGAGCGGGGAGGAGGGCGUUCCUCCGGUCCCGACUCCUAGCAAGUGUGCGGUGCGGGUGGUGACCAGCAAGAGGGGUGUUGCAGACGAGAUUAAGGACGCCGAUGGAGGUGGUGGACGAGACCAUGGGAGAGUUCGGUGUGAUGGCAAUUUGAUUCUGGAUGACGAUGAUGUUUUGAGCACGCCGCGAGGCAAGAAGCGUGCAGCGACACGGGUAAUCAGUGACAGUGAGAGUGAGGAUGAAGAUGAGAAUGGUCAAGGGCAUGGAGAAGGGGAGGUGCGUGUUACAAGCAGCAGGAAACGUGCAUUGCGUGGAGUCAGUGACAGUGAGAGUGAGGAUGGCAGUGAGGGUGUUCGUGUGGCUAAUCAAAAACCUGUUUCACCUCUAAUUAUGACAGGGAUUGAGAGUGAGGAUGACGAUGGUGAAUUAUAUCAGAUGGAGGGGCGUUCUACUCUGGCAACAAGGCGCUUGGCUCGGUUAACUAAAGGUCAAUCAAAGAGGAUGCGACCUACACGUCGGGAACUUGAGUUUUUUGAACCCAAGAAGCAUGAAGAGAGCGAGGAUGAUUCAGAAGAGGAUGAUAAUAUGGAAAAUUUUAUAGUAGAUGAUUCAGAUUGUUCAGAAAACUCUGCUGAUUCUGUUGAAGAAUCCUCUGCUGGACCAGAAGAGUCUGACAACGAGGAAACUUAUAAAGAUCUUAUGGGUAGGAUACGCGGCAAAAGGAAUGCCAAGAAUAAGGAUUGGAAGAUUGAGCCAGAGAUGCUAUCAGCAUUUGAUGAAUACCCUGAACUUCGCCUGAAAGCUGUUUGUGCCCUCUAUCGAAAGCAGACCCAGGAAGAACAGGCAGAAAAAGCUACUAUCAUGCACAACAAAAAAGGAUUUAACCAGAUAGAUGCCCGAAGGGGUUCUCACAUAGCGCAGUUUCUUCUGGAUGGUGAUGCUGCUGGGCCGCUUAAGAAGACUGCACAAGACUUGGAAAAGUACGAUUGGUAUGCUCUUGAGUUCUGUCACAAGAUGGCUUUACGUUACUCGAAGCAGUUGUUUGCAAUAUAUCAGAAUAAGGAGGACCCCUACUUUCCAUGACUCUGGUGUUAGUUAUCACUUACUUCAUAUGUUGACCUUUCUGCUUGUACCUCCCCAAUCAGUCAGUCAGAGUCUUUUGUAUAUAUGGGUUUAGUUUUGUGCCUUCUUAAGUAAUCUGUAGUUAGGGUAUGCUAAAGUUAGUUUAUCACUAGGAUGCACGCUAGUGAAGCAUGUGUCUGACAGGGUCUAUGUUGUUUAGCUGAAGUGCUUGUGCUCCCUGUAAUAUCCCUGCACGGUAAAUCUAUCUCUAUCCUUGAGAUGUUACCCAAGGAGUUGUUCUGUAUUGUUCAA